UAGAAUCUGGCCCGGGUUGGGUGGGGGGUAUUGGCGAGAAAGAUUUGCUGGGUGGGAGGCCCCGAACCUAUUCUGUUUUUGAAGCCGGGUGGAAUAGGCGCUUAGGAAGCGGACCUUCUUUGGCUGGAUCUAGCCCCUACGGGGUUUAUCUGAGCGUGACUUGGGAGUGGGGUGUGGCGAAUAAAACUUAUCUCAAAGCGCACUGGAUAACGGAGCUGCUGGGUAAGUAAUAGUCCGAGCAGAUUCAGUUAAUGAUGCAUUUGACCCAGCGGUUGAUCCAGCACCAUCAGUAACAGUAGCAAAGUCAUAGCCUGCAGCUCCGGUUUCAUACCCAUAUGUAGUGUAGUUCCAGAACCAGCGGAUUCAGCAGCGUCUGAACCGGGGACAAGGGUGUCAUCAGCACUAGUUUCCCCUAUUCCAGUCCCAGAUCCCGUGCCUGCAGAAGCGAAGGUGGCAGUAUCUGUAUGGGCAGGGGUGAAUGCAGAAGCUACCGUUUCAUCACCCAACAUCCUUGCCCGUGCCAGAACCUGUGAAUGACCCCAGCAUAUUCACCAACAGCAGCUAAGGCAGAACCAGGAGCAUCCCCUCCCAAUCGAGAACUUGUUCCAGUCCCGAAUACGGAUCCGAGGCGAGCAGUCUAACCCACGGUAGUUUAAGUAUAAGUAAAGGAGGCAGUUUCUUCACCCAAGACCCAGUUGACAUCUAAGCAGAUUAAAGCGAAGGUCGAAUGCAGGGUUCAGUUGGACCAGUGGGGUGGGCCCUACUAUUCUAAGGGGAAGUUUUUGGGGUUUAUUGAGAAAUUCAACAUUGCCUAUCUCCCCUAACCCACCCUGGCGAUCGGAUUAUUCGAUCCGUAGACGGCACAUUCUUAUUCUUAUUGUUUCGUUCCCGGAUGAAGUGAAGAUAGCACCGGCCCGAGAUGAGAUCAUCUAUCCUUUACACCGGUAGGGGCGGAGCUAGUCACUACUUGUAUUAGCUGGGGCCUGCCUCUCUCAAUUCGAUUGAAAGGUGGGCAGGGAGGGUUUGGGAAAGGGGUGAGAAUAAGAAGUGAUCGGCAAUGGAGGAUCCGGAAUCGGGGGGCUAUCGAGGCUACGUUAGGCUACGGGGGUCUAGGAGCCCCCACAAGGCGUUAAUGCAUAAAUGACCCGGGUUCGAGGAGGGAACCGGUUAGGGUGGGGAAUGAGGUUGCCUCAAAGUCGAAUCAAUCCCUCUCGGUUUCUUUAGGCUCAAUCUAGGCCCUACUAUUCUAUGGGGCCCCGCCCAAUUCUAUGGGCCUUCUCGAUUCUAUACGUAACAUGCCUAUAAUGUUGCCCCUACUAUUCUGGUAGGUCGGGGUGGGCCCCUACUAUUCUAUGGCAGGUGGAUGAUAGUUGGCAUGUUACGUAUAGAAUCUCGAGCUCCGGGGUCUUCACGCAUAUGUAUCAACUCUUCUUUUGGAACCAUAGCUGCAAGAAGUCAUCAGUUCAAAGCUCGCCUUCCUUCUCGACUAACGUGGCGCCGCCCCUAACUUUUGAGAACCAACUCCUAGUUCCCCGUUCCCGAAAUGUUGAUUAAUUGUAUUGAUGAUUUGGGAAUUUGUUCAUUCCGGGGGCACCCGACAUGGCAUUUCCACGAUUGCAUAACAUUCCCUCCCGGUCGUCGCCGCCUUCGCCGUCGCCAUUCCCAGCCUUGGUAGAAGUGGGUAGCGGCACUGGGUGGACGGUCUAUCCGCUUGAGCAUCAAUCUAUUGUGCGGGAAGGGAGUUAGCCGGUUACAGUACUUCCGGUGUCGGCCUUCCUUGCUAGAUUUUAUUGCCUUGUAUUUUUUUGAAACUAUUAGAACAGAACACGGAACUCACUACUCCAUCAGAAAACAAAAUGACCAACUAUAGGACCGAUCUAAAGGUUGAUGAGAUCGGUCGAGUGGUCUCAGUCGGAGAUGGGAUUGCACGUGUCUAUGGAUUGAACGAGAUUCAAGCUGGGGAAAUGGUCGAAUUUGCCAGCGGUGUGAAAGGAAUAGCGUUGAAUCUUGAGAAUGAGAAUGUAGGUAUCGUCGUAUCCGGUAACGACGUUGCCAUAAAAGAAGGAGAUUUGGUCAAGCGGACUGGAUCUAUUGUGGAUGUCCCCGUGGGAAAGGCCCUGCCAGGUCGUGUGGUGGAUGCGUUGGGAGUACCUAUUGAUGGAAAAGGGGCACUACAGGUCGAUGAGGGCGCCGCCGAACGAAGACGUGUCGAAGCGAAAGCCCCAGGGAUUAUCGAACGUAAAUCCGUGCACGAACCUCUGCAAACAGGGUUAAAAGCGGUGGAUAGCCUGGUUCCUAUAGGCCGUGGUCAACGAGAACUGAUCAUUGGAGACCGGCAAACUGGGAAAACCGCUAUAGCUAUUGAUAUCAUAUCAAACCAGAAGCGCUCCCACCGUAGUUCGGGCACCUCUGAUAGUGUGUAUCGCGUCCAUGUAGCGAUUGGGCAAAAACGCUCGACCGUGGCCCAAUUGGUUCAAAUUCUCCCGGAAGCGGAUGCGUUGGAGUAUUCCGUAAUCAAUGCAGCCACCGCUUCGGAUCCUGCUCCUCCGCAAUUUCUGGCCCCAUAUUCCGGGUGUGCCAUGGGAGAAUAUUCUCGUGAUAAUGGAAUGCACGCAUUAAUCAUCUAUGAUGAUCCGAGUAAACAGGCGGUGGCGUAUCGACAAAUGUCAUUAUCGCUUCGCCGCCCACCAGGCCGUGAGGCUUUCCCAGGGGAUGUUUUCUAUUCGCACUCCCGUCUAUCGGAAAGAGCCGCAAAACGAUCGGACCAGACAGGUGCGGGUAGCUUGACCGCGUUACCCGUAAUCGAAACACAAGCUGGAGACGUGUCGGCCUAUAUCCCUACCAAUGUGAUCCCCAUUACAGAUGGACAGAUUUGUCUGGAAACAGAGCUCUUCCAUCGCGGAAUUAGACCGGCUAUUAACGUUGGCUUACCCGUCAGUCGCGUUGGGUCCGCCGCUCAGUUGAAAGCUAUGAAACAAGUACGCGGUAGUUCAAAACCCGAAUCGGCGCAAUACCGUGAAGUGGCCGCCUUUGCUCAAUCCGGGUCAGACCUUGAUGCUGCGACUCAGGCACUAUCAAAUAGAGGUGCUAGGCUCACAGAAGUUCCGAAACAACCGCAAUAUCCACCACCUCCUAUUGAAAAACAAAUCCUAGUUCCGCUCGAUAGGUUUAUCUACGCCGGAAUUUUACAUGGUCUAAUCGUUCAGCGCAAGUUGCGCGGUAAAGUUCCAUCAUGGUUUAUCCCCCUGGCACGACUGGGGGGAACCUUAUUUAUGUCUUGGGCGGUGACAGAACUCGGCUUCGGGUCCCCUUUCAUUAACGCGGAGGCCCAGGGGAACGACGGUUGGGAAGAUGAUCCUAUUGCCGAUUUUUUCACCGCUAGUUGGAAUCAGGCUUCAUCUUCCCAAUCGAAUCAUCCCGUUAAUCCAACACCAGCAGCGGAGGGGGAAGUUUGGCCGGGGAGGGACUGGUGGAGGCAGAAAGUGCCGGCGGAGGGGGUAGAUCAUUCUCACGAGGAUCUAUUCGAUGCACACAUAGACUUCGCCGGGGAUGGUGUAUGGCACCAACUGUCCCAGAAUGUCUCAAGUAUUGCGGACUCCCAACGCAGAAUAGUGGAAUACCAGGCCCGGUUGCAGUCAAUAAGCCAGAGCGAUCCGCUCUGUAAGGAGCGGAUGCAGUUUGGCCUGGCCAAAAUUGCCUCCUUGGAGACAAGCUUGGAGUUGGCCAAAAGUCAACGGAACGAGUCUUUCGUUGAAAUCCUCUCCGUAUUAAAACUCUAUUAUAGGGAUAGGAGGUGACCUAAAAAAGUUUUGUUUCAAUCGGCGGAGGAGGGUGGAGAACCAUUGGAUGGGAAUAGGGGUUCUACCGAUUGAACUAG